AUGGUGGAUGAUCGUGCCCUCGACAUUAUCAAGAGAGUUGGAUUAGAGGGGCUACAUAGGACCCUAUCUAGAGAGAUUGAUCAUAACUUGAUAACGACCUUUGUUGAGCGAUGGUGGCCUGAAACUCACACCUUUAACCUGUCACAUGGUGAGAUGACAAUCACAUUACAAGAUGCGAAGGUUCUUUUGGGGAUUCCAAUUGAUGGUGAGGCAAUUGUUGGAACAAUUGACAAGACUUGGGCUACUGAAUGUCAGAAUUUGCUUGGAAUUGUUACUAACGGUGUAAUGCUUCAAGGACAACGAAUCCAGAUUAAUCGGCUACUUCAAAAAGUAGACCAAGGGUUACCCGAUGGUGCAACAGAGGAUGUUGUGCAUCAGUAUGCACGGUGUUAUAUUCUAGCACUCCUAACGGACACAAUUUUUGUCAACAAGCUUGGCAAUAGGGUGCAUACGAUGUGGUUGUAG